CAGGAGAAAAUCUGCUGAUGCUGGGAAUCCCCUUCACAUUGCAACAUGUCAGUCCAUGGGCACACUCAGGUUCAGGGAACAAUGCCUCAUAUUCCAUCUGGGUAGCCUCCAACUUGAUGGCAUGAACAUUGAUUUCUGGUAAUUGCCCCCCCCCACCACUCCCCAUUCCUGUUUUCCUCUCUCUGCUUAUUUCCCUACCUGCCCAUCACCUCCCUCUGGUGCUCUUCCUUUUUCCCUUUCUUCCAUGGUCUUCUGUCCACUCCUAUCAGAUUUCCCCUUAUCUAGCCCUUUAUCCCCUUUACCAAUCAACUUUCCAGCUCCUUACUUCACCCUGCCCCCCCCCAAGGUUUCACUUAUCACCUCCCACAGUGUACUUCUUCCUCCACUCCCCCCACCUUCGUACUCCGACCUCCCCUUCCCUUCCUGUCCUGAUGAAGGGUCUCAGCCUGAAACAUCAAUGGUUUCCUCUUUCCCAUAGAUACUGCCUGACCUGUUGAGUUCCUUCAGCAUUCUGUGGAUGAGAGAGUUGAUGGGCAUGUGAGACAAGAUAGAUUAAAGGAAAUACUGUAGGGAGGAAAUGGUAUUGCACAGAAAAAUGGUUUGAUAGCUUGAAUGACCUAUACUAUGUGAUGAAGCAUGAAGUGUCUAUCAUAACAUAUUUUAACUUUAUUAGCAUGUUCCAAUUAAAAUGUGAAAGGUAAAUUUCAGUGAUUGCCUUCCAAUGUUAUGAACAGCCAUUUUCUAUUAGAAAGUAAUGAUGAUAACUCAGUUUAAUUUUCAGGUCAUCAUCAAUGAACAUGUACCAUGAAGUCUUCCAACUGUUCUUGGUUCGUUGAGCAAAAUGAAGACCAUGUUUCUGUCUUCUCUCUGGAAUCCAGUGUAUUUUGCAGUGAAGAGCACUUGAAUAAAAAUCCUUUAAACACCUUUAUAAUAAAUGUUGGCGGCAGCAGAUUCACUCUGUCACAUGAAACUCUGUUGUGCUAUCCUGAAACACGCUUGGGGAAGCUGGCUACAUCUGAACAGGACUCUGUGCUGGAUCUAUGUGACGAUGCCAACUUUGUGGACAAUGAAUAUUUCUUUGAUCGGAGUUCACAGACGUUUAAGUACAUUAUACAUUAUUACAAGACUGGAAAGCUGCAUGUAAACGAAGAACUCUGUGCAAUGUCAUUUUUGCAGGAAAUUGAGUACUGGGGAAUAGAUGAACUUAACAUUGACAUUUGCUGCCGAGAAAGAUAUUACAGGCGGAAAGAAAUUAAUGAAGCCUUAGAUAUAAAACGCGAUACGGAAUUGAUUGAGAAUGAAGAGGAAGAUUUCUCUGGAGUGAUUUGCGAAAAACUAAGACAGAAACUGUGGGUCAUAAUGGAAAAACCUGAUUCUUCAAAGCUAGCUAAGACAUUUGGAAUCCUUUCUGUGGCAUUUGUCCUCAUUUCCAUUGCAAAUAUGGCUGUCUUUUCUCUUGAAUAUAAUGUACUGGAUCCUCCCUUGUUGAAUGCAGUCGAGUAUAUUUGCAUAACUUGGUUCACUGCAGAGUAUCUACUAAGAUUCUUAUGUGUGAAGAACAAGUGCAGAUUUGUUAAGUGUUUGGUGAAUGUUAUUGACCUCAUUGCUGUGGUCCCAUUUUAUAUCACCAUGCUGGUGGAGCAGCUUUAUGGAGGUUCUACAGAACUGGAAAACGUUGGGAAAAUUGUCCAGAUUCUGAGAUUAAUGAGAUCACUGCGCAUGUUGAAACUUGGAAGACACUCAACAGGUCUGAAAUCUCUAGGAAUGACAAUUGCUCUCUGUUAUGAAGAAGUUGGCCUUCUUCUACUUUUCCUCUCUGUGGGAAUUUCCAUCUUCUCGACAGUGGAGUAUGCUGUGGAGCACAGCGUCCCAGGCACGACGUUCUCUAGUGUUCCCUGUGCAUGGUGGUGGGCAACAACCUCCAUGACCACUGUUGGCUAUGGAGAUAUCCGACCUGAAACCACCAGUGGGAAGAUAAUUGCCUUUUUAUGUAUUUUGACAGGUAUCCUGGUCUUGUCACUGCCCAUAGCUAUUAUAAAUGAUAGGUUUUCUAAUUGCUACAUCACCCAGAAGAUGAAAGAGGCAGCCCUUCGACACCAUGACGCUCUGAAGAAGCUCACCAAAAAUUCAGCAUUCGAUUCAGUUGCCAACGUUAACUUGCGAGAUAUUUAUGCUCGCAGCAUUAUGGAAAUGUUACGGAUCAAGAACAGGGAAAGAGCCAGCACCCGAAGCAGUGCUGGAGAUGACAUAUGGUGACCUGCCUGGUUGUGCUUUCUCUUGUUAAUUAAUCUAGUGGAUAACUCCAAACUAGCAAAAGCUGCAGUACUUCAAAACUGCAUGUGGCUGCUCGUUACACUGAUAUGAAAAUGAAAUUUUACAUACAUAGUUUUAUUUAUUAUUGAUUUCAGUUCAGGUCUCAGCAAGAAGAUAUAAUUCACAAUACUGGUGUGUCUAAUGAUACUGAGUUGAUAGAAACCAGCCAGCUCAAUGCCUGUUCACAUUCACAAGGUCCUGGAUUCUGUUGACAGAUACGGAAAUAGUUUUGGCUUUUCACAAGACCACUCUUUGCAGGCUGACAUACCUGUUAAUGCAUACCUGAGGAAAUGGCAGUGCCCCUCAAAUUUACAACAUAGAUAUUUUGACCUUUAAAACUGUUCCGCCUUGAAGGCUAGGGUGGCUUAAGUGAAAAUGACAUGGUUAUUGAGAUGUCUGCCCAUUCGAUUAAAUAGAUCGGUACUAUUUAUUGUGUCUAUUAUUUAUUUUUUUUAAUAAACAUUGUCAGCAAUGUACUUUGAUGCCUUUGAAUCAAAUAUUUUUAGAAACUAGUAAUUACUGGAAGAGGAUUUUGUAUUAGAUUUUAUAAGACAGCACAGAUAACUAAGGUGAAUGCACUACAGGCUAUCUGUCUUUUUCUGUGGUCGCUGAAUACUAAUGUUAAACCUCAACCAAAUACUGUAAAUAAAUUAUCCAAGAGCUAAUUUCAGCAUGUAAAAGCUCUGUUCAGGUUGGAGCAUGUAUUAGAAUUUGCAAAAUUGAACAAUGUUUAAACUAUUGUUAGAUUGGCUGUUAAGCAUAUGUA